AUGGUUGUUAAUAAUCCAAACAAUUGGCAUUGGGUUGAUAAAAAUUGUAUUGACUGGGCUAAAAAGUAUUUACAUGAGAAACUAACUGGUGUUAGCACCGAUUCAGGUGAAGAAACAUAUGCAAUUGUUGAUAAAGUUUCGUCGAUAGAAGGUGAUUGUGAAGUUAAUCAACGUAAGGGUAAAGUUAUAUCUUUAUUUGAUUUAGAAAUUGUAAUGGCAAUGAAGGGACAAGUUGAAGGAAAUGGAUUUGAAGGUAGUAUUAGUGUUCCAGAAGUUGCAUUUGAUUCAGAAAUUGAUGAUUAUCAAUUCGAAAUUUCGGUCUAUAAAGAAACAACUAAAUUGAACGAAAUUAAGCCAAUUAUUAGAGAGAAAUUAUUACCAAAAUUUAGAGAAAUAUUUCAACAAUUUGGUAAAGAUCUUUUAAUUGCAAACGGUAAUGAUAUUCAAAUAUCCCAGGAAAAGGUUACCUCUACAUUUACCAAAUCAAAUCAAAAGCAAAGUUUAGGUGAGUUUAAUAAAAAUGCAUCUACUACUGCAACAUCAGGAAACACUACUGUGAAAACUUCAACACAAACAGAUGCUUCUUCCUCUAGUAAAAAAACUUCAGCAAUUAAGAUUGGUACAGGUAACACUACUACUAUUCAUUUGGAACCAACUUUUAAUGCACCUGCUGAAGAAUUAUACAAAACAUUUUUAGAUAAAGAAAGAAUAAUUGCAUGGAGUAAAGGUGGUGUUAAGAGUGAUGGUAAAGAAAGAUUAUUACAAAAAGAUGAAGAAUUUGAAAUAUUUGGAGGUAAUAUCAUUAGUAAAUUAGUGGAAGAGGUUCCAAAUAAGAUUCUAAAAUUUGAAUGGAGAUUAUUAUCGUGGAAUAAAGGAAACAAUUCUACUAUUAGAAUGGAAUUUCAUGAAUCCAAAGAGUUUCAUGAAACUAAGAUUCAAGUUGAUUGGAGUGGGAUACCGAUUGGUGAAGAAGAUAGAGCAAGAGCCAAUUUUGAAGAUUAUUAUGUCAGAUCAAUUAAGUUAACCUUUGGAUUUGGUGCUGUAUUGUAA